CCUAGUUACCAUUUUUGUAUAUUACUAUACAAUGGGGACGGAAAGAUAACUCUUACUUAUAAACGAGCAAAGAAAUUUCUAGAUGAAGUGAAAGAGUAUCAAUGACGUCAGAGACGUCUACACUUAUAGAAAAAUUACAGACGUCUAUAUACUCUCCACAAAAAAAAUAUUUUAAUGUUUCAUUAUCUCUCUUUCUUCUACAAUCACAUGUUAGUUACCUAACUCAGUGUAUAAGCUUCGCUUUAUUCCGGAAAUAAUUUGGAUUUUACAAUCUUGCGCACUUUUCACACUAAAUCACAUCGGUGCGCGGUUUUCAACUACACCUACAGAAGACAGACAUGUCACACAAUGAAUUCAAAAUUCCAACCAUGCCAGUACAGUGCCAACUACAAAAAAUUGUAGUGGCUCUUCACAGAUUUAGACAUAACAUGAACAAAAGUGCUCUUGCGAUACAGAUCUGGGAAAACGCUGACCAAAAAAAGGAAAUCAAAGAAGAAACAGUAGAGCUUCAGAGACUCAUUGAAAUUGAAUUAAACUCCAUAAUCAAUCUAGCAAGUAAUGCAAAAGCAGAAUCUUCAAUUCUACACAACAAACUCAGAGAAUUACAAAGCAAAGUCGCUCAUCUUGAAGAAGAAAUAAGAGAAAAACACAAACAAUGCGAAUUUCUACAGCAGCAAGUUGAUGAACUCAACUUUAAAGACAUUAAUAUUGAAGCAGAGAUGAUUUCAGCACCCAAACAGCAAUUGCAAUCCAAAGCUGAUCAAAAAAAUGAAGUCAACUUCAAAGAAAUUGAAGAAGAGAUGGUUUCAGAACCAAAUGAACAGUUGCAAUCCAAAGCUGAUGAUAAAAAUUUGAAGGAGUUUUAAAUUCAUGCAGGGGAACUGUGGGAUAUAUAACUUUGCGUUUGAUAUAAGAAUGCAGUUGCAUUGAUAAGUUUCAUUUUGACCAAAAUGCUUAUUUUUCUGAACUUAUCUUCGAAGAUAUUGAAGGUUUUUAAAAUUUGCUUUGUAAUUUUAUGACAUCCAAUUUUGUGAAGUCUU